AUGGCUGACGACGGACUAUCACCAUGUCGACUUGAUCCUGCCGUAGAGGCUCGAUUGGAUCCGGUAUACCUGGAGUUCUACAACACCCAUCUUGCGCACAGGAAACCGGUAUGGCACUGCACAGUCACCGAGGCUCGAAAUCAGGAAGCCCCUCCACAAUCGCAUAGCGAACCGCUCCCCGUCGGCAAGAUUCUCGAAUUUUCAAUACCCCGAAGGGAGACUGCUGGUCCAGACGUUCAUGCCGUCUGCUUGGUUCCGCCAGGCGACGCGCCCCGCGACGGCUGGGCAGUUGCGCUCUAUUACCAUGGCGGAGGCUGGGUCUUCGGGCAGGCCGAUACCGAAAUGAACAUUUGCAGUAAUAUGUGUGUCCGGUCUCGCGCAGUAGUAAUAUCUACAAACUAUCGGCUUGCGCCCGAGGACCCCUUCCCUGCCGCUAUCCAUGAUGCAUGGGAGGCGUAUCUGUGGACGGUAUCGGAAGCACAGAGGGUCCUCAACUUGGACCUGCGGAAAGUGGCGAUUGUUGGCACGUCCGCUGGCGGCAAUAUCGCCGCCGUCACUGCUCAGAAGGCCGCAUCGAGGCCGCAGCCUGGCGUGUCGCUAGUCUUGCAGGUCCUGGUUGUGCCUAUAACAGACAACACAGCAACCCCCGAAUCCAGUCCUUCCUGGAAGGAGUUUGAAUUCACAGCCCAGCUCCCAGCGGCGAAGAUGCUCUGGUAUCGGAGCUAUUAUUUGCCGAACUUGUCAGAUUGGGCGUCUUGGAGCGCAUCCCCCCUGCUGGCUUCAGAUGAUGUCUUCAAGACGUUACCACCGGCGUAUAUCGUCGUCGGAGAACUGGAUCUGCUGAGACACGAUGGGGAGGAAUACGCCAGGAAGCUAAGUGCCAAUGGCAUCCCAGCUAAGGUGAAUGUCGUGGCAAAGUUGCCACAUCCUUUCCCGUCAAUGGAUGCGAUCCUGGAGGCCGGCAGGACGGCCAUCACCAAUAUAUGUGAUGAAUUGUGUGCAGCAUUUGCUUGA